GACGCUUUCAAAACAGCUGGAUGGCUGUUGCCAUUGCCCAUGAGAGCCUUCCACUGCCCCUCUGGGAGAGCACCCAAGCAGAGCCGUUUCCCAUGGGGCUGGCACGGUGCCUGGUGGCUGCCUUCAUUCUCCUCUUCCUCCUCCUGGGUUUGAGCACUGGCCAACGGGUGGUGACUGUUCAGAAGGGGCCCCUCUACCGUGUGAGGGGGUCCCACGUCACACUGUGGUGCAAGGUGAGCGGCUACCAGGGCCCGGCAAAGCAGAACUUCCAGUGGUCCAUCUACCUGCCCUCGGCCCCGGAGCGGGAGGUGCAGAUCGUCAGCACCAUCGACCCCUCCUUCCCCUACGCCAUCUACACCCAGCGGGUGCGCAGCCGGGGGAUCUACGUGGAGCGGGUGCAGGGGGACGCCGUCCUGCUGCACAUCACCGAGCUGCAGGACCGGGACGCCGGGGUGUAUGAGUGCCACACGCCCAACACAGAUGAGAGGUACUUUGGGAGUUACAGCGCCAAGACGAACCUCUCAGUGAUUGCAGACACCCUCUCAGCUUCCAUGGUGCCCCAGGUCCUCACCCAUGACGAAGGGGACGCAGUGGAGCUCACCUGUGAGGUGUCCAAGUCCACCGCCCAGCACACGCAUCUCUCUGUUGGCUGGUACCAUCUUCAGGGAGCAGGAGACAGUCACGCUGAGGAGGUCCUCACCCUCUCCAAGGACUUUGUCUUGAUGCCAGGGCCCUCUUACGCGCAGAGGUUUCUGGCAGGGGACGUGCGGCUGAACAAGGUUGGGAACACCACGUACAAGCUCUCCAUCGGGGGAGUGGAGCCAUCCGACCACGGCCAGCUGUACUGUGAGGCGGCUGAGUGGAUUGAGGAUCCCGAUGAGACAUGGAAGGACAUCUCCCGCAAGCAAACAGGGAGGACGUCUCUGGCAGUCAUGAGCCAGGGCAGAGGCCUCUCCGCGGACAUAGCUGCUGCUGAAACCUCCCUUUCUGAAGGUGGUACCUUGCAGUUAAAUUGCGUGGUGGGAGCCCAGAAGAGCAGCAGCAGGCACUUCCAAGUGCUUUGGCUCCUCGACGGCGUAGAAGUGGCCAGUGUUGACCCCCAUGGUGUAUUGAUUUGGAAGGAAGAAUAUGAGGAGAGAGCCAAGCUGGGGCAGCUCCGAGCAUUCAAGCAAAGCAACAUGGUUUACGUCCUCACCAUUGACGAGGUGGGGCUGAAGGACAGCGGUACGUACCGCUGCUCUGUUUCAGAGGUGAAGACUCCUGGAGACCUUCACAGCAUCCAAACCAAUGUGUCAUCAGGCAUCCAAGUCAACGUGAAGCCGAUAGAGAGCCGCAUGCGUCUGUCCGUGUCCACCAGCACACCGUGGGUCGUGGCGGGAGAUGCCUUGAUCCUCCUUUGCGAGGUGCAAGGAGCAACCAACCCUGUGUCCGUGCAGUGGUGGCACCUGCCACCGCAGCACCCAGGUGCCCAGGUGCCAGUGGCCACCAUGGAGCGGGAUGGCACCCUGAGUCUGGGCAGCGCCUACCAGGACAGCAGGGCUCGGGGGAGCCUCCGGCUGGAGAAAGCAAGCUCUGGCACUUUCACCCUGGUGAUCCCCAACACGUUGGAUGAGGGCGACAGCGGGCAGUACAGGUGUGAAGUGACGGAAUGGUCCCGAGGCCAGAGCUGGACGGAGGAGGGAGAGACAGCAGUGACAGUCAGCUCCAUGGGUCUCAGUCUGCAGGCCACAUUGAGAAGCCGAAUUGCCACCGUCCGAUACGGGCAGAGUAUUGAGCUCAUCUGCCAAGUGAGCGCCAACUACACCACCUUCAAGGAGGUGCCAGUGUCUGUGGGGUGGCUCUUCCAGCCCAGCCCAUCCACAGGCCACUAUCACAAGGUGGUCCGGGUCCUUCCCAGCGGCACCAUGGUAUGGGGGGCAGCACAGCCACACUUCCAGGGGAAAGCCCAGCUGACGAAGGAUGCCACCUCCUUCAGGCUGCGCAUCCACAACACCGUGGCUGCCAACGAGGGAACGUACCAGUGUGAGGUGGAGGUCUGGAGGAGGAACACCCUGGAUCUGGGGCAGCCGGCGGCCACCACCAGGUCCAAUGCCGUGGGGAUAAAGGUGGUGCUGCCAGAAAGCAAGCUUCAGGUAUCUACAAAACACAGCUCUACGGAGAUUGCCGGCGGUGCUGACACAGCCAUUGAGUGCAGGAUCAUGACUGCCCAGAAUAAUUCUCAGUUUGCUGUUACCUGGUACCUCCUACCUACUUCUGCAGCAGAUGCAACCCCCGUGAAAAUCGUAAGGGCCGACUAUAGCAGCACACUGGAAUACGGGACUGAGUUCAGCUCUCAUGCACAAAGGUCCCGGUUCCUGAGCCAGAGGGUGUCCAGCAAUGUUUUCUGGCUGCGGAUACUCUCUGCGGACCCCAGGGACCAGGGCAGGUACUACUGUGUGGUAGAGGAGUGGCUCUGGCUGGUGGACAGCUGGUACAAACUCGGAGAGGGAGCAUCAGGAAGGACCAUGCUGGAGUUCAAGCUCCCAGAGCACGAUCUGCCCCUGGAGAAAACCAACCGCAACAUCUCGGUGAGGGAGGGCGAGGAGGUGACACUGCCCUGCCUGCUGCGGGGCACCCUCUCUCCUGGCACCCACCUCUCGGCCACCUGGUUUCGGGGGACGGAGAGCAGCCGCGCCAUGCCCCUGCUCACCCUCCACCGUGACGGGGCCAUUGAGUACCCCCAGGAGAGCCUGGCGGGGAGGCUGCAGCUCCGCCGCCCUACCACCGGUGACCUCAGCCUGACGCUGCGCAGCACGGAGAAGGGCGACGCCGGGGAGUAUCACUGCCAGGUGCAGGAGUGGCCGCAGCAGAGCAAGGGGAAGGACUCGACUGUGCAAGCUUUGGCGCGCUCGGGGUACACUCGGCUCACCACCAUCCCGACAGAGUCAACUGUUUUUUCUAGGAUCUGCUCAUCCCCACCACUGCUGAACUUCAUCCUAUACUUACCGCUGGUUCUGAUCCUUCUCCUGGCCCUUGCUGGCUUCUGCUGGUACUUCAAAUCUGGAAAAAGCAAAAAGGGCAACAUUACAGGAGACCAGAUGAUGGAACUGCGAACGGCUGAAGAGGUCAAGAAAACCUAGCUGGUCUGUAAUGGCAGAUGUGACUUGAAGGAGCGGAGCUGGACAGCUGAGGAGGACUGAGUACUUGCAGAGGGGCUUUUUAUUGUUUUGCAGUAGCUCUUGCAAUGAAUCCUUGAAAUCGUGUGUUUACUCUCAAUGGAAUGAAGCAACUUUGAAUUACUAAGCAAAUAGGGUUUUCAUAAUGGGUGUUCCUGUCUCUUAGGUUAGGUACCCACCCGUUUCACACUGUUCAUUGCGGUGUAUUUGAGGUGCUUGCAGUACGCGUCUCCCAGUGUGGCUGGAAGUGGUGUUAUUCCCCUACAGCUGUAAGGGAAAAAAACCAGGUCUUUUUGCAGUGAGACCAAAAGUAUCAAAUUGCUGCUUAUUUUAGGUGACUUGACAAAAUAUACAUGGCAUGGGGGUUAAAAAACCAGUGGCAGAGCCUGAAAUGGAGUGUUCGUGUCCCUUUUAAGGCAUUGCAUUUGCCUUUGCCCAUGCCUUGCUGGGGAAGCUCUCAGCUCUCCUCGUUCUGCAAGUGCCUGUGCCCAAAGAGCAUCCUCUCCAAAAGGAAGUGGAUCUUCAUCACAAAACCUGUCACGGGAAGAUGAGGACUGAGCAAGGCUGGCUGGGGCUGAAGAAAGUCAGGUGCAGGAGCACCACAGCCAUCCACAAAAAAAGGAAUCCUGUUGACCCAACAGGGGACUUGCAUAGAGUCAUAGAUCCCAGAAGGAAGCAGUGGACACCAAGCCAUCUUGGAGAUGACUGUACAAAGGCUUGCCCAUUCCUUCCUUUGCUGGGACUGCUGUUGGAGCAGACAGCAUCCAGCCCCAUGUGCCUGGGCUGCCUGUGGGUCAGGAAGCUGCACAACUGGGAGCUGGUAUUAGACUCCUCCAGGUUGUACCAUAUAAUACAUUGGGAUGCAAGAGGGAUCAGCCACCAGCAGCUUAGAGCACAGGAGCAGCCCAUACCUCUAAGGGAUUACGUGUGUAAUGUAGUAGUAAACUGGGGGUAUUUCUUGAGCUGAGCUGCUGCAGAGCUGGAACCAAGCUCCUCGUUGCCUGGAGAGACAUCCUGGCAGACCCCCAACUGUGCCUUAGGGCAGUAUGGGGAGAAUAUUUAAAUUCCCAGGGCUCUCACCUGCUCAUAGAGGAGGUCUUACUGGUCUGUGUGCUGGAUGGACAAUGAACCGCUGCACCUUCCCCCUUGGAGGGGGGCCUCCCUGAGGAAGUGCCCCUUAUGCUCACUGCAAAACCACCUGAGUCCCUCUCCUAGCUGCCACGGAGUCGUACGCAGGCUGUGGCCCAGAAAUUUGGCAUGAGAAGCCAGUGAGACACUGUCUAAGGGGUCUGUUCCUCCUGGCAAAGCCAUGCGUAUCCUUGUGGGGCAGCUGCUCUAUGCCUUGGGAUCCAGUUCAGACUCACCUUUUCAAGGCCGAAGAGCUGUGCUACCUGAAGGCUGGCUGGCUGAUCCAUUAGAGGAAAGGUGCUCAACCCCUAAUUGUGCCAUGGUCCCAGAAAGUUGUAAGGUCAGAUGCUGGGGCGACACUCAAAGCACCAUCCUCAGACAAAAGCAGCCGUAUGGACAUCAUGGCAGAUCCUUACGGACCUGCUUACUUUGACCAGAGCGAGGGUUUGGAGACACCACAGCCCCUCUAGAUGAUCUGUUCCUUCACUUUCCUUACAGCCAGAAAAAGCUGUCUGCCCUGUAGCCCAAGGAACUGGGAGGUGCUUCAGUCCCUUUCUCCUUGAACAAGCACUUUUUGUGUAAGUUGGAAGACUUACUGCUUCCGUUUCUCCGUUCAGCCACCUCCUCUGUCUCUACUGAUUGGCUCCAGCUUGCUCAACCUUUCCCUGCGGGUUAUGUUUUCUGGACCUCGUUGCAGCUUUUCCCUUUGCUGCCCUGACCCCAGCUGUCUCUCCCGCAGGGUGAGUGGUCAGAGCGGCGCGUGGGGUGCUCUGCAGGGGUUCCCCCCUGCCUUGUGGCUGAUGUCCCGGUUACGCAUCCCAGUAAGGACGUUUGAUUUUCUGCGUGCCUUGUGACAGCGCGGCACUGCUUGCGCUUGGCUCGCAAUCGGCAGGCUCCUCUCCUGCAGAUUUGCUGUCUAGCAAGUUGUUUCUCCGCUGUGUGUUCAGGCUGUUGACUUUUCCUAUCUAAUCGAAGCACUGUUUGCAUGGGGCUGUUGAACAGCUUUCUGCACCAGUUUGCGAAGCAUCCUGCUGCCUGUUUGUCUUAGUCCUGUCUCGAUAAUGCUUUAACUCAUGGACCGCUUUCAGUCUGUUUUGACAGGGAAGCAGAUGCUCCCAGGACAUUAAGCUCCUACAAGUUUCAUGAAAAGCGCUAGCUGGAUGAGGGAGAGGAGGUAGGCGAGUUGUCCUGCCAAGGGAAAGCUGCGGUGUGAGUUGCCCGACAGCCGGCCCCGGGCCAGCCGUGCGCUGCCUGCCUGGCACCCAGCUCAUAAUUAGGGGAUACAGAAAGGAGGUGUAGGCGUGUUAGGGCAUGGGAAAGAAGAAAACAUUUUUAACCAUAAACUAUUAGCAAUUAAUCUGUGCACAUGGUUUAUCUACCAAUUUUGUGCUGUCCCUCUGUGUUUUCGUUUGUAUUGUUUCCUUAGCUUGCCCGUAGGAGUACCUUGGGAACAUAUUUCACAAGCCUUGGUAAAGUCAAGAAUAUGUGAUGCCUACUGCUUAUCCCUUCCCACAAGGCUUGCAGCCCUCUUGCAGGGGAGAUUAGACAGGUCUGACGUGCUCUGUUCUUCUCUAAAACAAACCAAAAAAAGUUUCUUUUCUUCUUGCAUUCUUCUAGGUGCAUGUAAGUACUUUGUCCCUCUAUUUCCCCGAGGAUUGCAGUUAAGAAGAUGCAGGUGUUAAAAGGAAGUUUCCCCUUCCUUUUAAAAAUAACUUUGCCCUUUUCUUGUCACUUGGUACCUCACACCUCCUUAGGUGUUACUGCAGCAAACAGACGGCUUGACAGCCCAUUCUUGGCGUGUCUUGGGAUGAACCUCACCAAGACCAGCCUUCUGUUCAAAAAUCUAACUUAUUUAGGUUGCUACUCAUUACCAGAGUGCUGGGGUGGUGGCGUGGGACAGCCCCUACCCUGCCGCAGUGGUCGCCUGUGUGGGUCAGGCUCCAUGCGAGCCCUGUGAGUAACCUUGUCUAGGUUUGGUGUGUCCCCCAAGCCCGCCCUGGCCCCUUGCUCGCCUGCCUCAGCACUCCACCACAGGUCUUUGCUGCCACCUGAUCUUAACGUAAAAAGCUGUAGACUCUACUGCAACAUGAGAUUUUUUUGUGUCUGGCAGGCUGGGGGAAGAAGGUGGCCAGAGAGGGAGGUUCCUCCAUCAACGGGGCACCUUCUUCUGCUCUGUUGUUGCUCCGUUAACCAGAGGCCUAUGCAAGUAGCAGCUUUCCAUUCAUGCAGGUUUAGAGGUUUUAAUUUAGGUUUGUAAAGUGUGCCUAGGGCCUCGACGAAAUGGUCUGCAAGAAGAAUGUGUGGUUUUGCAGUGGCGGGGUUUUUUCCUCUUUAUUUUUUUUUCUGGCUUUGCUGGAUCACUGCCAAACCUUCCAGCUAUAUUUUUUUAAGCUGUAUUUUUUUCCACGAGUGAACUUAGAAAGACUUGUAACUUAUCACAGCAAAAGCUCCAAACCAGUCCUAUUUUUAAAGAGAACAUUUCACUCAGCUGAGGUGAAUGUACGAGGGAGAGAGACAUGUGUGUGGUAGGACAGGGGGUAGCACUGGUUUUGCUGCCGGGGCUCUUGGCCGCCUUCACUCAUCCCCAUCACCACCUUUUUUCCAAGUCCAGCCUCUGAUGUAAACUGGAACAGCUGAUGAAAUAUAUAUUUAGCCGUAACAGCUAAAUAUAUAUUUAAUAAUAGUGGGGGAAUACAGUGCAGCAGGGCAGACCCUGCAGAACAGGAGUGCCCCUGUUGCACCCCGUCCCCCGGGGUCCUUUCAGAGGCUUUAAAGCAGCUUGAAGGGGCUACAGGGCAAUGCAGAGUGGGGUCUGAGAGGAAUUAAUCCGCUGGGAAGUGGUUGCAGGGGAAACACAAGAGCUGCCUUGUGCUCUUGUAUGUUUCUAUAGGAAGGUAUGGAAACUGCUAAGGCACGUGGAGAGCAGCGCUGCCUCCCGGGCAAGCGAGCCCAGUGAGCUCGGCAGAGCCUGGCUCUUCAGAAGAUGGAUGGCGUGAGGGCGGGCCGGGCAGGAAGGUGACCCCCGCGUUGUGUUGCCUGCCUGGAACG